CAAGUUUGAAGGGCAGGCCGUGUCUGGCUGACCAGGUCAAAGAAAGCUGUUAUCCAUGGAACUUCAACACUUGAAUAUCAGUGGAACAAGUGGUAACAGUAAAAAAACAGAAGACAGUGGAACAUGUCAAUGCAUGAGGUUUCUCCAUCGGAGGUGUUUUGUGCUUCUCCUGGCUGUGGGGAUCCUGGUGAUCUUCUACGUAACCACCCUCUUCACUCUUCAUAUAAGCCAGACCCCACUCUGGCUGCUAGGAGGCCAAGAUCUAACUCCUCUCUCUUAUAUCAAUGGAAAUGAGGGGGAGUUUUUUCCACCAUACAAUGUAGCAUACCCACAGAAAUAUAAGUUUGUCCUGGAUGAGCCUCAUGAGUGCCAGGACCGCAGCCCCUUCCUGCUUCUGAUGGUGCCAGUAGCUCCUGGUAAUCUGGUAGCCCGGGAGGAUAUCCGGAAGACUUGGGGUAAGGAGAGCCUGGUUCUGGGACGGGCUGUGCGUCUGUUCUUCCUUUUGGGCCUGCCCAGUGGAGCGGAGGCAGAGAGGAUGCAGGAGGAGGUGCUGCUUGAGAACCAGCAGUACCAUGACAUGCUGCAGAGUGACUUCCAAGACAGCUACUUCAACCUGACCAUCAAGACCAUGGUGAUGCUGGAGUGGCUGGCCUCUCGCUGCCCCGGCGCCUCCUUCGCCAUGAAGAUCGACUCUGACAUGUUCCUCAAUGUGCACAACCUGGUCAACAUGCUGAUAGACCCAACUACACCAAAACACAACUACAUCACUGGGAAGUUCAGCCAAAACACACAAGUGGUGAGAGACCGCACCUCAAAGUGGUACAUUCCCAAUAAGGUUUACCCCAGUACCAAAUUCCCUCCCUACCUUUUGGGAAAUGGUUAUGUCUUUUCCAUAGAUCUUCCUGAGAAGAUAGUGGAAGCAUCCAAACAAGUCCGUGCCAUAUUUUUAGAGGAUGCCUACCUGGGUAUGUGUCUGAGCCAUUUAGGGAUUGCAGCCAGUUACCCACCUAAAUCUUCCCUCUUCAAGCUUUCCAUGCCCUACACUCAUAAUCGCUGUUACUACUCUACUGUCAUCACUACCGAAAUGGACCAUGUGAGUGACCUGCUGCGAGUCUGGGAGGACUUACAGAGACCUGGCACGCCCUGCUAAGGACAAUGAAUACCUCUUAAAGAUUUGAAUCCUUACCCUGCUAAGGACAAUGAAUACCUCUUAAAGCUUUGAAUCCUAAUAAGUAUUAAACACACUAUGUAAGCACAUGCAUACAAGUACAAAACAAAUAGGUAGGCACACGCACACACACGCACACACACAGGCAUCAUGGUAUCAUAGUAUAAUUCACUCACUCUCAAACAGCUUUUUCAUGUCAUUCUAAAUUAGUAACAUGUUAUUACAUAGUAAUUACCACAUGAUAUGACCAGAUAAUGUUGUUACAAUAACAGCAUUACUACACAAGUAGAGCUACGUAUUGUGUAGUGUUACUGCUCGGUCUUGUAAGUAUAAUUUCCCAUGACUAUCUUAAAUUCAAAUGGCAACGUGGGAUCUUGUGUGUAUCUAUGAAGUAAGUAUCAAAUGAUGUUCUAAGAUCUUCAAAGACAAGCAUGAUCUGUGUGUAUCACAUUAUCCCAUGUGACAGUUUAGUCUCAAUUUCUGUACAGUGCUGUUCCACACCAGCCUUUUUCUACUGCAUAAGAUUUUCACUGUCACUAGAUGGCAGCAGUGAAUUUGACUUAAACAUUUGUCUUGCGUUCUAUUGUUUUGGUUGCUUGUGAUUUGUACA